AUGCUGAGGCAACACUGUCUAUCAAUAUGGCGGAUUUCAAAAGCUAGAUUUUUAGAACUUGCUCAAGAAAUUGGUGAAACAUUCCCCAGAGAAAAUCCAACAUUAUAUUUUCGCCCAUCCGUGAAAAACGAUAAUGCAGGUGGACCAUUGUAUUCAGCCUAUGAAUAUAAAAAAAAAAGUUUGAGAGACAAAGGAUUGUUGAAACUUUCCAACAAGUGUCUAACUAGAGACUUUGAACCAUCAGAAUCAGAAAAUUCAAAAAUUGAGUGGUUGCAAACCAACACAAGUCCUCGGGAUGAUGUCAUCACUAAUUGGGAAGGAUCUUUUCACGUUCGAAUGAAUUUGCUGAAAGCCGGAAAAAAACAAAUUUCUGUUAGUGAUUACUACAACAAAUUCAUUGCGUUAAAAACUAAUUUAGGCGCUGAAUUGUUGGAAACAGAUUUUGAAAAAAUUCACCCUAAAAAAAGUGAUCUUUUUGCACAUCGUUGGAACUUCAUCGCUGAUUAUUUUACCGAAUAUUUUGUGAAACCAAGCGUCAUCGCGUCAUUUGACAAGGCAGAAUACGCUCGACUUUUACGUCUAUUGGAACCACAAAAUAAGGUUGCUCCAAUUUUAUUUUUGCUACCUUGCAUCAUUCCUGAUCAAAGCCGAAAAAGACCAGCAACAUCAAGCACGGAAAAUACAGGCACCAGCGAAUUAUCAAAGGCAGAAAGAACUCGACUAACUUUACAAGAACGUCGUAAUUCUUUAUUUCUUCAAAUUGAGGAUGCUGCACAAUUUCAAUCAGCGGUACAAGAACACCGAAUGUUAUUGAGAGCUUCUGGAGAAAGCUUUCAACCUACAAUUGUGUUCAUUGGCCCCCUUGAAGCUGUUGAAUCAUCCUGCGUUGUUGUGAACGAAUUCAUAUAUCAAGUUAACUCACCAAUUGAAGCUGUUAAUUUAUGUUUUAAAAUUUUUUGGGCACUUGAUUGUAAAUACCCUCAACGUGCAAAUUCUAUCUGGCUAUUUCUUCAAACUGCUGGAUAUAAAAUCGAUGCCAAUGCUCGUCUCAAUCAAACAAUAGUGACAUUAAAUUUGAAUAUUGACAAAAAAAUAACUGCUGCUAAUACUUCAGCUGAAGCGACACAGUAG